UUUUCUUGUAGCAAGAAAUCAAAAACAAAAGAAAAAGGCUGUCCGAAUGAAAAACUAUCAUUUCGAAAGUAGGCCCGUGGCCAGGCCAGAAGCCAUGGUCUCGGGGGCCAACUACCGCUUCACUAUCCUGACCGACCGGUUGAUCCGGUACGAGUGGUCCGAGGACGGCGAGUUUGAAGAUCGCGCGUCGACGUUUGCGGUGAACAGAGACUUCCACCAGAAGGUGGUACCAAAGUUCCAAGUGGUCGACCACGAGGACGGCCUGGAGAUCAUCAACGAGCACUUUCACUUGAGUUACGACAAGAAACGCUUCAGCCCCAGCGGGCUGUUGUGCACGAUUGCGGGGAAGCUCACGCUCUGGGGCACUCAAUGGAGGUACAACGACAACGUCGACCUUUCUCAGGGUCGCAACCUCGGCGGGACCGCGAGGACGCUGGACGACUGCGAUGGACGCUGCGACAUGGGGUUCGGGGUCGUGUCGCGCGACGGGUUCGCCGCCGUCGACGACAGCAAGUCCAUGUUGUUUGACGGGCGGGGGUUCGUAGCCGGGAGACGUCCCGGGGAUAGGGUUGAUGGGUACUUGUUCUGCCACGGACACGACUACAAGGGUGCCAUACACGACCUGUACGCCGUCAGUGGGAAACAGCCAUUGUUGCCGAGGUGGGCGCUGGGGAAUUGGUGGUCGCGGUACUACAGGUACCACCAGGACGAGUAUGUCGGGUUGAUGGACAAGUUCAAAGACGAAGGUGUUCCCUUGUCGGUCGCCGUGGUCGACAUGGAUUGGCACUUGGUCAACGACGACCGGGUUCCCCAUGCUGGAUGGACAGGGUACACUUGGGACGACAAACUGUUUCCCAACCCCAAAAAGUUUGGACAACAGAUGCACGACCGCAAUUUGAAAAUCACGCUCAACGACCAUCCGCACCUAGGGAUACAUCACCACGAAGACGCCUAUGAAGAGAUGGCCAAGUUUUUGGGACUCGACAUUUCAACCAACAAGAAUCCGAUCUUGUUCGACCCUACCAGCCCCAAGUUCAUGGAGGCAUACCUGAACAUCCUCCACCGCAAGCUCGAAGACGUGGCGUGUGAUUUUUGGUGGAUCGAUUGGCAGCAGGGGUCGUACACAAAAGUUCCCGGGAUCGACCCUCUGUGGUUGCUGAACCACUUCCAUUUUCUAGACAACGCGCGCGAUGGGAAACGGCCCAUCAUCUUCUCCCGCUACGCUGGGCCGGGGAGUCAUCGGUACCCGGUGGGAUUCUCCGGAGACACGGUCACGACGUGGGCGAGUCUAGAGUUCCAGCCCGAGUUCACGGCGACGGCGUCCAACAUUGGCUACGGCUGGUGGAGCCACGACAUCGGCGGCCAUUUCGGAGGCGGUCGCGACGACGAGCUCGUGACGCGCUGGGUCCAGUUUGGCGUCUUCAGUCCCUUGAUGAGGUUGCACUCGGGUGACUCUCGAUGGUCGUCCAAGGAACCCUGGCUGUAUCGAAAGGAGAGUGAGAGGGUGAUUGAGAAGUUUAUGAGGCUCCGCCAUCGUUUGAUCCCGUACUUGUACACGCAGAACGUCCUUGCGAGCACCGAGAACCUGCCACUCAUCCAGCCCAUGUAUUGGCUCUUCCCGGAACGGGACGAGGCAUAUUCGGUUCCGAACCAAUAUUUCUUCGGGCCGGAACUGAUGGUGGCCCCGAUCGUGACGCCGAGGGACAAAAGGACGAAUCUGGGGAAAGUCAAGGUCUGGGUGCCCCCCAUGUAUCGACACGUCGACAUCUUCACGGGCACGGUGUACGAUGGAGAUCGAGAACUCAACAUGUACAGACCGCUGGAGGAGAUGCCGGUCCUGGCCCACGAAGGUAGUAUCAUCCCACUUGACGAACGUGUCUUGCCCUUGAACGGUGGCCUCAAUCCGAGCCGCUUCGAGGUUCUCGUUGUGAUUGGUCGCGACGGGCAGACGAGUAUUCUUGAGGACCCCGCCGAUGAUCCGGACCAGGUCAACAAGAAGAAGGACGAUGAUGAAUUGCCGCGGAGCAGCACAGGAGGGCCCAGGAGUAGUCUGAUUCAGUACUCCCAGGAGAAAGGAGACUUGGUCGCGCGAGUAGCGCGGUCCGCACGUGGCGUCACGAUACCAAGGUGGGAUUUUAAAUUCCUGGCCGUCACCGAGGUCCCCAAGGACUUGAAGGUGUGUGUCGAUGGGGAAGACCGGACGGCAGAUGCAAAAGUCUGGAUUGAAAGAUUCCCAUACACGCCGUCCAUGCUGGUCCAUGUGCCGCCGUACAAGGUAUCUUCUGACCACCAGGAGGAGGAGUAUACGAGUACGAUUACAAUCUCCCUCGGUCCGGAUCCUCAGUUGAGCGUGAUUGACCACAGACCCAGAAUCGAGAAGUUGUUGCUCGAUUAUCAGACCGAGUUCGAACUGAAGGACAAACUGUGGAGUAUCGUGGACGACCGGAAGAGUACGAUCAAUGUCAAGAUUGGUAAAUUGAUGAGUCUUAGUGUCGACGAGCGGUUGACGGAACCCGUGGCAGAGUUAUUGUUGAGUGAUUCUAGAGGGACGUGAGAUAGCUAUUAGUCGUCACCUAGGUAGAUGAUGGAAACAGCCGAGACGAAGCAAAAAGGCCGCCGAGGAAGCGAGAUGAAAACAAAAACACCAUGAUUUCUGUUUCCAUUUACCAUGAUCUGUGUAGAUGGAAUCGUAUGAGACUCGAGGACAUUACAAUUUACUACCAUCACCGCCGCCACCACCAUGCUUGGUAAACACCUUUUCCUUCAACCACUCUCCAAUAUGUCGGUUCACCUCUUCGGGUUGCUGCCACAAAGCCCAAUGACCCGAGACGACUUCUCGUCUGGUCAGGUUCGGGAUGCGGUCACCCAUGCGUUCGGCCAUGAAAGGUUUGAGGGCUUGAUCUUUGGUGGCCAGCACGAACAACACGGGUUGUUUGAUGGUCAAGUCCUUCUUGAUCUGUUC